UGCGUUGUUCAAAUUGUCCAUGUCAGGUAGGUGCUGUAAUGAAAUUAAAAUUUGGAAAGAAACCAAAAGUCGGUCUCACUACAGUAAGAUUUCUUGUUCAUAUCAGGGAAUGUUACCCAACCGAAGAGAACGAAAAUGUUUUAUAAAAAGUACCACCAAAAAUUUCAACUCUAUCUGAAACAAAAACAUGGGAUUGAUCUCUAGGGGAAUUAUUAGGGAGCAAAUCGAUCCUGUGGUUUUCAGGUUCCAAAAGCGUGGUACCGUUUUACUGCUUUUGUAGCGGCUGGAGUACGUCGAUAAACCUUUCAUCGAGUACUGCUAUUUGAGGGUACCAGGGCAUGCCCCCUCCCCCCUUAGCUUUGCAACGGAAAGAACCCAUAACUAAACUAACUUUAUUUAUACUGGGUAUAUAUAUAUGGCUAUGAUGUUCAGCAUUAUCUAAUGGAACACAAAGAAAAUCAUGCGGUUUUUAGUUCAGUCCAACAGAAUUUACUCUUCUCACACGCGAUUGAGGUGUAUGUAAGUCAGGGACGCCGGAACUUGGGGGCAGGAGGGGCAGCCGCCCCCGUUGCCCUUUACCAGGAGGGGCAAGGGGGGCAAAGGUGCCCUUUCAAUUUAAAGGAUUGCCUUGGCGAAAUAGCGAAUUGUCAGAAAUGUUAGUGCGAUUCUUUUACGAAUUUGCUUCAGAAAACGCAAGAAAUGCAGUCAUCGAGCUUCAAGAAUAGCACAAUCGCCUGGCGGAGAACCCCCUCACACCCCUAUCAUCCAAUAAAUAGAAAACAUGAUUAGGCGAAGUUCAACUCGCGAUGUUUUGCAAACAUCUCUUAGUAUAUAUCAAUUCAAAAGUGCCCUUUCACGAAAAUCUGCCCCCCUUGCCUUCACAUCGUUCCGGCGUCCCUGAUGUAAGUGCGUUCUACCGAAUUCAUUGCAUCUCUGAUAUUUUCUUUAAAUUUUCUGCAGGUUACCGUCUAUGCGACCAUGUAAUCAGUGAACACAACACACUGAAUUUCCUGGAAUGUUCUCUAUACUGUCUCAGAGAACCUUCUGACUGUAAAUCAAUCAAUUACAAAGCGAGAAAACAUCAACAUCCUUCUAACAACUGCCAGCUCAACGCCGCCACGAAAACAACACAUCCUCAGAAUUUGCUGCCUGAUAAAAACUAUGAUUAUUAUCAACCGCUGGAAAAGGUAUUUUUUAUAUAGAUUUUCUAUGAGACUAUGAACAUUGAACAACAAGUAUCACUAUUAGGCAUGCCACAAACGUUUAUGUUCUUUCAUAAAACUCAUUAAUAAUUCAUGAGGAAAAUACAAAAGAAAUGAAUGUUUAAUCAAUGUUUGUAAAUCGGAUAAAGAUUUGUCCUGAUUUACAUAAACUUCAGCUUUGAUUUUCUCGGCUUAGACAAUGUUUAUUUUUAAAAUUACUUCGCCAAUGAACUCAUAACAUGGGUUUGUAUAUCAGAUAAAGAUAGGCUGCUCAUGUUUUAUCAAGUACUUAAAAGUAAAACGGAACUGUACAGUAGUUAUAUAAGAGCGUUAUAUUUAUUGCCCCAUAACAUUUCCAAAACUAAUUAAAUUUGUUUUUCAAUUGCAGAAAAUAGAAAAAAUAGAAAAAGUAGAAGAUCAAGAGCAAGCAGAAGGACCUGUUAAUUAUGGUAAGAUGACUUGAAACAAAAUUUAUCUUCACAAACAGGGGAAUCGUUUAAUUAAGGUGGCUCCCUACAAUUUAAAAAUAGGGGAAAACCAUGAAUUAGAUCAAACUUUUUGAAGGAAUGUUACUUGUCUGAAAUAAGAAAUUGUACAACGUUUAUAAAGCAACAGUCUAAGAAUACGAAAUUGGUCACAAAAGUGACGUUACCACUGUUGCUAUGGCAACAAUGACUCAAGAUGGCCGAUAUUUUGGCUUUUAACGCACUUUACUUAAAAAAACGCCUGGUUACCCCCAAUUUUUAUUUCAGAAAACAUUUUCUUGUAGUACAAUGAACUAUCUGACCAAGUUUAAAAAAAUCCUUUAAAAUUUUUUAUAAUUGGUCAGAUAAUUUAUUGUACUACAUGAAAAUGUUUUCCGAAAUAAAAAAAUGGGGGCAACCAGACGUUUUUUUAAGUAAAGUGCGUUAAAUUAAAAGCCAAAAUAUGGCCAUCUUGAAUCGUCAUUGUUGCCAUAGCAACAGCGGUGACGUCACUUUUGUGACCAAUUUCCAACUGUUUGAUUUGUUGCUGUACAUAUCGUGUACAAUUUUUGAUUUCUAGCAAACAACAUCUCUUCAAAGACUUGAUCUAAUUUAUGCAGGUUAAGGUUGAAGUUAGGUUGAGGUUAGAUUAGUAAACUCGGAUUUAUUAAUUUACUUUUUCUUAGCAAAAAGUUGUGAUGACCUGUACAAAUCAGGCAAGACAACCACAGGUGUUUAUAUAAUCGACCCAGAUGGCCUGGGAGCUUUUGCUGUUCGUUGUGAUAUGGAAACCACUCCAGGGCGAGGCUGGACUAUAUUCCAAAGACGUGUAGAUGGCUCUGAGGACUUUUACAGGAACUGGACUGACUACAAAACUGGAUUUGGCAAUUUGUCUGGGGAAUUUUGGCUUGGUUUGGACAAGAUUCAUCGUCUCUCAGCCAGUGGGCAGAAUCUACUGAGAGUUGAUCUCGAAAGCUUUGAAAACGAGACUGCUUAUGCAGUUUAUGAAUCAUUUUCUGUGGGAAAUGAAAGUGAAGCUUACAUUUUGAAUUUUGGGACCUACUCAGGUAAUAAUAAUCCCCGAGCCGACGGCACGAAGCGCCGUGCGAGGGUACUAAUUCCCCCCGGCUAUUUACACCCGGGGAAAUGAAAGCAUUAGCGAAGUCUAAAGUUCAUCAAUGAUCGCGGGCGUGGCUCACCAACGAAGUUUCGGUGGGUGGUCAUCCUCACCGAUCUCAUAAUAUAGCGGACUGUCAUGAAUAGCCAACACUGAUUGGUCCAAUUUAAAAUUUGCAUUAUAACGACUGCAUGACGACAGCGAAAUAGCAAACAUUUCUUGAUUGAUAAAUUUCUUGCAAAUAUAUUUCAUUUUUGCUUGCAUUUUUGCAAGAUUUUGUAAAUUUCAAAAGCUUUCUCAGAAAGAAAGGGCGAAAGAAUCGGCUAAAAGAAGGGAGGCGACGUUAACGAAGGUAAGUUUGUUUUAAAUAUUGAUUUUAUAAUUGCUUGCUUUAAAAUCCGACGGCCUUUGCGUAUAUGAAACCAUAGGUGCCCAAAAGUGCGUGUUGAAAUUUUUACCCUCGCGCAUGGCGCUCGGGCAUGUCUACUCAGUUUAUUAUUAUGACUAGUCAUAAUAAUAAACUGAGUAGACUCGAUGCAUGCCCGAGCGCCACGCGCGAGGGUAAAAAUUACAACACGCACUUUUGGGCAGCCUAUGAUGAAACAACUAAACAAGACAGCAUAUAAUUUCAGUGUAUCUUUAGGGAGUGGUCAUUAUUUAUGGGGAGGGGGGGGGAAUGGGGAAAAUAAGGAUUGAAAACUUUUUUGACCCCCCCUCCAGACUGAAGGCAAACUUUUUGUGCCUCCCCCCUCAUAAAAGUAGAAACUUUUCUGACCCCCCCCCAGUGUGGAUUGAAAAAUUAACAGCAAUGAAACAGGUGUGCGUUGCAGGUAAAGUUAGAUAUUAGGACAAUCUGUUUAAUCUAGCUCAUGAUGUUUUACCCUGGUGAAUAUGAUUCAACCAUAUAUGAUUAAAAAUAUAUAUUAUGUGUUACUACUUUGCAAUGCAACAUUUGUCCUACCAUAACCCUAACCCAUGACCCGUCUUCAUACAGCGAAAUGAUUUGAACACAGGGUUUUUUUAAGAACUUGUCUGGGGGUGGGCAUCUACAAAAAGGGACCAUACUAUAUUGAGUGUGGAGAAAUGACAGAUGGUUGUUGUAUUUUCUACCCCUAGAACGGAAAUGUGAGCAUUUUCUGAAACAGAUUUUUGGAUAUACAGCGUUACAUUGUGCGUUGAUAGACCGAAUCUGAUCAGUUAAGUGUACUUGCAUGGUAUGUUUAUGUAAAUACCACAACUGGGUCACUCAGGAGGUAGAAAGCUUGUUAAACGUAGUGGCCCGACUCCCACGAUCGCGAGGCGCUACCAUGGUUGGCACCGAGCAGGGAAAUUUUGAAAAUUCCGAGUCUCUAGAUCGUUGGAAAUAGCAUUUUCAGGGUCUUCUUUUUUGCUAUUUGUGAUUAUAGAAAUCAGAACUCUAGACAUGGUAUUUAAGUUAAAAAACUUUUAUGACCCCCCCUUGUCUGUGUUAAAACUUUAUUGACCCCCCCGUAUUUAUGAGGGUAAAACUUCGUUUGUCCCCCCCCCCUCCCAUUUCCCAACCCCCCUCCCCAUAAAUAAUGACCACUCCCUUAAUAUUGAUUCCCUUUUUUGUUAUAUUGAAUUUUUUAAAUAAAAAAGAAAGCAAAGUUAUUUGCAUGCGAGAAUUUGAAAUCAUUUUAUUGCAAACUCAAAGUUUAUCGAUAAAGCCAUUUAAUUAAAGGCAGUUUUAAUAGUUUUAAUAUAAAGAACACUUUAAAACGUUUUGCGAAGCGUUUGUGGUUGAAUUUUACCUUAAAUUGAAGCUUAUAUUACGUAUAAUAACAUAUACCUAACAUAUAUAUGUUGGGAAAUUGAUAAUUUUGUAAUUAAAAGUGAUAUUUUUAGGCGAUUUUUCAUUUGUAAGAAUAUUCUUAAAAAAUUAUCGUGUUACCAUGACAACUACUUUAGAUACUUAUGUUCGGAAAAUACAAUGGUUUUAUCAGCAAGGCAAGGGUUUCUGCAUGCAUGUAUUUAACAGUUAUUCUACGAACUCGAGUCGAAUACGAGCUGAUAGCCGAUGAGGCGCGUAGCGCCGAAUCGGCUAUUGCUCAUAUAUAUUCGACGAGAGUGAGUGGAAUAACUGUUUUAUUAUAUAAACAAGGUUUGAAUUCACAGACUUUGCUUUUCAGAUAUUUUCAAUAUUUUUCUAUUUUGUUUAUGUUUUUAUCUUCGCUCUUUCGGCCGAGUAUUUUUUCAAAAAUAUAUAUUUUUAACUAUUUUAAAUUUUAAAAAUUCAUUUGCUAGCCUGUAAGCAAUUUGUGGGAGUUUUUUCGUUGUGUUUUUACUGAUCCUGUAAAGGCUAUAAAAAGCGAACAACUUGCCGUUUUCUCGUUCGCAAAAUGUCGGAAAUUCAGUUUGAGCCGCCAUUUUGUUUUUCUCUACUAGCAGGAUAUGAGCUAAUAUCCUCAUAGGAAUAUCCUGCUAGUAGAGAACCAAUCAGAUUGCAGAAUACCUCAUAUAUGAGGUAUUCUGCAAUCUGAUUGGUUCUCUACUAGCAGCCGGAUAUUAGCUCAUAUCCUGCUAGUGAAUGUGCUAGUGAGAGAAAAACAAAAUGGCGGCUCAAACUGAAUUUCCGACGUUUUGCGGACGAGAAAACGGCAAGUUGUUCGCUUUUCAUAGCCUUUACAGGAUUAAAAACACAAUGAAAAAACUCCCACAAGUUGUUUACAGGUGAAUGAAUUAGCAAAUGAAUUUUUAAAAUUUAAAAUGGUUAAAAAUAUAUAUUUUUGAAAAAAAUAAUCGGCCGAAAGAGCGAAGAUAAAAACAUAAACAAAAUAGAAAAAUAUUGAAAAUAUCCGAAAAGCAAAGUCUGUCAAUUCAGACCUUGUGUAUGUAAUAAAACAGUUAUUCCACUCACUCUCGUCGAAUAUGAGCGAUAGAUUCCUCCGAGUCGAGUUCGCAGAAUAACUGUUAAAUACUGCUGAGACCGAUCGGUACUGCUUAAUUGACUACUCGAUCUGAUUAAAAGCAUAAUUUAAGUUUUACAGCACUUAAUUUUGAGCCAGUACAACAAUAUUGUGGUGUCGUAGUGACCACGCCUUCCAUUUCAAGUUCAGAGACCGGGUUCAAUCCUUGGUCGGAUCUCUACUGAAGGUCUUAAGGGACCGGUCAUUAUUUAUGGUGGGGGGUGGCACCGAAGAGAAAUGUUUUUCGUGGCAAAAAUUUUGCUGACCCAACCAUUAAAAAGUAAAAUAUUUGGUUACCCAACCUCAAAUAUCAAUUAAAAAAGAAAUACCCACCCCUGGUCAAAAACAUUACAAAAAUAUACCAUUCAGUUGUCUUACCACUUCUGUGACAUGAGUUUGAUAACGGAUUGUGAAAUUUUCUCCAGUCUAAAGUUUCAUGUUGUCUGCACAUGUACUUUCUUUGGAGACACCAUUUGUCUCCCAACAAAUCGGAAAAUGAUCAAGAUAUAUAUAGUGACUCUGAUUGAUUCACAUAUUGUAUUGACAUAUGACUGUUGACAUUCCUUUUUAGUCUCCAAUAUUUCAGUGAGUCAUGCUUGGAAAUAACAAUAAUUUUUUAUUACCCAACCCUUGAGUUGUUUUGUUUUUCAUUUACCCAACCAUUUACUUACUCAAAAUUUUGUUUACCCAACCAUUUUCUCUUCGGUGCCACCCCCCACCAUAAAUAAUGACUGGUCCCUAAAAUAACAACAUUAUGAGCUCCACCUUUGAAUUUACCAUACGAGUAAAUUCUUAAACACGUCCGAAUUUAUCAUUAUGAUAAAUUCGCGGCACAUUUUGAAUUUAUCAAUAGAGUUAAUCAUAAAACCACAAGCAUUAGACAAGACUUCUUGUUAUAAAUGUAAUGGCACUAAAAGGGAGGGCGACGCAAGGAUGGGGACAUUUUCAAGAUUUUCAAAAUAGUUUUUAAAAACGUUUUUAAAAAGUUUUAAAAGAGUUUUAAAAAGCAAAAAAAGCUUAAAAAGUUAGAUUUUCAAAAAAGUUUAAAAAGUUUAAAAAGUUAGUUAGGGUUAGGGGUUAGUGGUUAGUGGUUAGGGUUGGGGUUAGUGUUAGGUGCCGCGAAUUAAUUUAUUAUUAUGAUAAAUUCAAAAUGUGCCGCGAAUUUAUCAUAAUGAUAAAUUCGGACGUGUUUAAGAAUUUACUUGUAUAGUAAAUUCAAAGGUGGAGCUCAUGCUGUAAAAUAAUUGAAGCGAAAGUGCCACCUUUGCAUUGAGAUCAGUAAAAUGGUUAGACUUUUGCGUCUUCUCAGAUAAAAACGUUAAAGUCGUAGGUACCUCGGAUCCCCUAUCAACUGCUCAUAAGUGAGUGAGAAACUCGAUAAACAAUAAAAAUUUUCAGAAGCUUUUAAAAGCAAAAUCGCGUGUGUUUUUUUGUAACAUCAAAUAGUAAAAUUAAAGGAAAUAACACUGAAACUACACGUGACAUACAUUCGGUGACUUGAUUGGCUAAAAUAUUUAUGAAUUAUUGAGUUUGAUUUUUUCCUGAAUAUUUACUUUACAGGGGCAGCAGGUGAUUCGUUAGCAGUCAACAAUGGGAUGAAAUUCACCACUCCAGGCGUCGACAAUGAUGGGAGAGGGGGUGCUAACUGCGCUACAAACAAGAGAAGCGCAUGGUGGUAUAAUUCAUGUUCGAAUGCAGACUUGAAUGGUAAAUAUCUAGGAGGUGUUCACACGGAAGGAAAGAAAUGCGUUAUAUGGCUUGGCUUUAAAGGAGACAAUUAUUCUUUAAAGAGCAGUGAAAUGAAAGUAAGACCUGAUAAAGUUUAA